UCUCUAUUUGGGUAAGUCCCAACUAUUUGAAGUGUUGGUCACACAAAGUGUAGUCUUCUUUCAUGUCAUUUACUGACACAAAUGAACUUUUAUGCUAGGACAAAUUCAUUAACUAUUAAUAAGAACGCUUAAUAUUCACGCUAACCCUUCCUAGCUAGAAACUUUGUAAUAUAUUCCAUGUAGCACGUGACUCAGUCUGUGUCCUCUCAAUCGGUGCCAAUCGCUGAGGGUGUCUGCCUGCGUGCCUAUCACUCAUUCUCCCGUCAUGACACAGCAGCGAGUCAUCCAUCCUUAUCAUCGGACUGGAUACUAAUGACCAGCACAGGUACCCAGGCCUUACUGUGUGUUUAUGUGGGGUUUGUCUCACCGUUCAAGUUUCACGCUGGGUGCGGUUUACCCGAGCGUGGCGCGCUCUUGAAGUUGUUGGACGGGCUGAGACCAUGGUGAGAGGGGGUUAGAGCUAAGUCCCGGCAAGGUGACUGAAGCGUACACUCAACCCAGAAACGUCCUUGAGUCUUUUAUUACCACACGCCUGCAACAUAUAUACGAUGGGCACGAUAGCGGACGGGGAGGGCACGGAGUUGAACGGGUACGGCGGGGAGAAAGAGCCGGGAGGAGGGCAUGGUGGCCCGCUGACGCAGGAACAGGUCCACGGUAUCAAGGAGACUUGGGCCAUUCUGGCACAGGACCCGGUUGAGAGGGGGGUGGACCUCUUCAUGAAAAUAUUUGAGGAAGACCCUGAUCUGAAGAAACUCUUCUACUUCGCGGACGAUGGGAGGGAGUUGAGCCGGGAAGACCAGCGGAUGCGGUCGCACGGGGAGCGGGUGAUGGAAGCCGUGGGCGGGGCUGUGGACAGUCUGGGGGACCUCACUGCCGUGGUGCCGGUACUGACCGAGCUCGGCGCGCUCCACCACAAGUACGGCGUGCAGCCAAG